GACGUGACGACACAUAUUAUCAGUUCUGUUAUAAAUGUCUAGGUUUUAAAAGGUCUAAUGUCAGUAUUUCUUGAUCGAACAAUAUGGACAGCACAAUUUUAACGGUCCUAAUAUUGGUGACUUAUCAACCAGCGUUUGGCGCCGUGCACGAAACACCUGUUCGGCCAACUAUAAUAUCAAGAUCAGAAUGGGGUGCUACACCAUCGACACAACCGAUAAAAAGUCUUCGAGUAGAUCCGCCCAAAUACAUAAUAAUUCAUCAUUCGCAUACCGACGGUUGUACGACGCAAGCAAUUUGUCAAGCCAGAGUGAGAAGUUUUCAGAACUAUCAUAUGAAUGAGAAAAACUGGGAUGACAUAGGAUAUAAUUUUCUGGUUGGAGAGGACGGUAACAUUUACGAAGGCAGAGGCUGGAGUAAACAUGGCUCGCAUUCGACGACUUACAACUCUAAAAGUAUUGGAAUCUGCAUAAUCGGAAGUUUUAUGAAUCGCAAUCCAAAUGUAGCAGCGAUCAGAGCGGUUCAGAGCUUGAUAGCUUACGGGGUGUCCAUUGGAAAAAUACAAGAUGAUUACACAAUUUUGGGACAUAAACAAGUUACCUCAACGUCCUGUCCAGGAGACAGUUUGUACAGAUUGAUUCAAACCUGGCCAAAGUGGUGCUCGAAUCCAUAGAUACUAAACCCAUAUCGCCAUGAAACAUUACUAAUAUAUUUAUUUUUAUUUUGUAUUAAGUAUUAUCAAAUAAAUAUACUAUGUUUUUAUUGCUA